AUUUACCCUCUCAUGUCAAGUAAAGGUCACCUUGAUAAGUUCACCUUCUCACGUACUUUAUUUUAUAAACGGUUUUAAAUUUUUUGUGGUGAUACUUUGUAAUCAGAUCUAAAAAUGGAUAUAGCAUCAACACAAAAAUUUAUUGAGAGAGGUGCCCAUAAGGGCAAGGGCCUCGCUGUUUUUACCAGUGGUGGCGACUCUCAGGGCAUGAAUGCCGCAGUACGGUCGGUGGUACGAAUGGGUAUUUAUUUAGGUUGUAAAGUUUACUUUAUCCGCGAGGGCUACCAAGGAAUGGUAGAUGGUGGUGAUAACAUUGAAGAAGCCAACUGGUCAUCCGUUAGCUCUAUAAUUCAUAAAGGUGGCACUAUAAUUGGAUCCGCACGGUGCAUGGACUUCAUCAAAAGAGAAGGUCGCCUGAAAGCUGCUUUUAAUUUAGUGACGCGUGGUAUAACUAAUUUGGUUGUGAUUGGUGGUGAUGGGUCCCUCACAGGAGCAAAUCUUUUCCGUCAGGAAUGGUCUAGUUUGCUGGAUGAGUUACUGGCAAAUAAUAAAAUUACCAAAGAUCAAAGAGAGAAAUAUAAAUAUCUACACAUUGCUGGCAUGGUAGGUUCUAUUGAUAAUGAUUUCUGUGGUACAGAUAUGACAAUAGGAACUGAUUCUGCGUUGCAUCGUAUUAUUGAAGCUAUUGAUGCCAUUGUAAGCACUGCAUAUUCACAUCAAAGAACAUUUAUUAUGGAAGUUAUGGGAAGACAUUGCGGAUAUCUGGCUAUAGUCACAGCCUUGGCAUCAGAAGCAGAUUUUGUGUUUAUACCAGAAGCGCCACCUUCAGUUGACUGGAGAGAUAAACUUUGUGAUAAAUUAGAACAGGAAAGAAAAUCGGGACAGCGUCUUAAUAUUAUCAUAGUCGCGGAAGGUGCAAUUGAUCGUGAAGGAAAACCUAUCACAGCCGAGCUUGUGAAGAAAGUCGUUGUGGAUAAUCUUCAACAAGACACGCGUAUCACCGUACUGGGUCACGUACAGCGUGGUGGUUCACCAUCUGCAUUUGACAGAAUUUUGGGUUGUCGUAUGGGAGCCGAAGCUGUUAUGGCAUUGAUGGAAGCCACCCCUGAAACAGAGUCUUGUGUUGUUACUUUGGAUGGUAAUCAAGCUGUGCGUCUACCUCUUAUGGAAUGUGUACGUCGAACUAAAGCAGUUUCUCAGGCAAUGGCAGAUAAGAAUUGGGAUUUAGCGGUACAAUUGCGCGGGCGCAGUUUUGCACGCAACUUAGAAACAUACAAGAUGUUAACCCGUUUGAAACCCCCUAAGGAAGCGUUUGAUGAAUCUGGUAAACCAUCCGAAGGCUACACUUUAGCCGUGAUGCACGUUGGUGCGCCGGCGUGUGGCAUGAACGCGGCCGUGCGCUCCUUUGUACGGAACUGCAUAUAUCGCGGUGACACCGUCCUGGGAAUACACGAUGGUAUCGAAGGGUUCAUCAGUGGAAACAUCGUGAAGAUGGAUUGGUCAGACGUAACCGGUUGGGUGGCUCAGGGAGGCGCCUUUUUAGGUACAAAGCGCACUCUACCUGGUGACAAGAAGGGGGAGAUCGCUGCACGUAUCAAACAAUUUAAUAUUCAAGGUCUCCUUAUCAUCGGUGGAUUCGAGGCGUAUCAAGCAGGUGUGGAGUUGUAUGAAUCACGGUCGCAGUUCCCCGAGUUCUGUAUCCCCUUGGUCGUGAUACCUUCCACGAUCAGCAACAACGUGCCCGGCACUGACUUCUCUCUCGGCGCAGACACGGCUCUUAACGAAAUUACAGAGAUUUGCGAUCGUAUCCGUCAAUCUGCUCAAGGAACCAAACGCCGUGUCUUCGUGAUCGAGACUAUGGGAGGGUACUGCGGCUACUUAGCGACUCUGGCUGGUUUGGCGGGAGGCGCCGACGCAGCGUAUAUCUAUGAGGAGAAGUUCUCCAUCAAGGACUUGCAGCAAGACGUGUACCACAUGGCGUCCAAGAUGACGGGCGGCAUCCAGCGCGGCCUCAUCCUGCGCAACGAGAAGGCAAACGACAACUACAAUACUGAGUUUAUUUACCGCUUAUAUUCUGAAGAGGGCAAAGGCCUCUUUACUGCUCGAAUGAAUGUCCUUGGUCACAUGCAACAGGGAGGUUCCCCCACGCCCUUCGAUCGCAACAUGGGAACAAAGAUGGCGGCCAAGUGCUUGCACUGGCUAGUAGAAAACAUUCAGAAGGGGCCUGCCAACACGCCUGAUUCCGCUUGUUUACUUGGAGUUGUUAAGCGCCAGUAUAAAUUUACACCUCUUGAAGAUCUCAAAGCGCAAACUAACUUCGCACAGAGAAUACCAAAGCAGCAGUGGUGGAUGAAACUUCGUCCUUUACUCCGUAUAUUGGCCAAGCACGACUCUACCUACGAAGAGGAAGGAAUGUACAUGACUGUCGAACAGGGAGAAAUCGACUCCGAAAAUGUUAUAUAACUUUUUCCACCUUUUAAGGAGAUCUCCAACGGUUUUCUUAUUAAUUUUUGAAUGAAUAUUGCCAUAUAUCUCGAAAUUACUCACAUACCCAUUUGGUAGGAAUUUUUUUUAAUUAGCUAGUGAUAUGCAUUUUUGUAGCUUUUUGUAUUGAUUUUCAUAGUUAUUUGUAGAAAUAAUUUUAUUUUUAUUAGUUAAAAUACUCGGUGUAGUGAGUAUAGUACUGCUUAGAAUUAUAGUAAUUAUAUAAUUUUAUGUAUAUUUGGCCAAAGGGCAUGUUGCAGAUGUCAUUAAUAUCUUAGAAAAAGUUAAACAUACUUUCAAAUUUUAUUCACUUUAAACUCUGGACUUUACUUUAUGGAACGUUGUUUAUAUUUUGUAUACACCUUUUUAAGACUUAACGAUUAAAUAAUCAAUUGCUACUUAGUUUUAUCAACUUUUUGUAUUGUUUUUGAUACAGGUAUUGCAAUGGUAUUUGUUUCAAUUUGUCUAGUUAUUAACUAUUCCAUCCUAAACUUUCAAAUUGUAAGUUUACAAUAUCUAGUCUAGCCCAUCGUAUAAUUGUUAUAUGGUGUGUAAAAAACGGUUGCUUUACCUCUGAGAAUGUUCCAUGGUAACCUGUAUCAGUAUUUUAUGACAUUAUUUUAGCAAUUGGUUUAGAAAGUUAAAAUAAUUUAUUUGCAGAAAUUAAUCAUUAUACGAAUAAAGACAAAAAUUAUAAAUAUGUAGUUAUAUAAAGUGUUACUUCAUAAAUUAUGUUUUAUGAUAUUAAAAUGUGCUUUAUCAA